UUUCCCCACUCUCUCCCCCCCGGCUCUCUCUCUCUUCUCCCUCUCGAUCUGAGACUCUGAGUGACUCUCUCUGGGUCUCUCUCUCUCUCUCCCGCCAUUAUCAAAGACCUUGAGAAAGAGUCAACUCCGCCGUCAUCCCCCGGCCCACAUGUAAUCCCAAUCAAAUGCAACCGUACCCCCGCCUCUCCACCGGAGCCGCCACCACCUCCUCCCCUUCUCACUCUCCCCCUUCCUCCCCUCUCCGCCACCACCACCACCACCCCAACCACCUCUCCCCCCGCCACCGCCGCUCCAAGGCCCGCCCCGCCCCUCCUCAGCCCUUCCCCCACCGCCUCUCCUGGCUCCUUCUCUCCCUUCUCCUCCGCCGCCAGGGCGUCUUCCUCUUCGCCCCUCUCCUCUACAUCUCCGGCAUGCUCCUCUACAUGGGCUCCGUCAAGUUCGACGUCGUCCCUGUCAUCCGCCACCGCCCCGACCCUGGCUCCAUCUACCGCAGCCCCCAGGUUUGCGAGAAGCUCCGGCCCGAUAUGGACGCUGAUAAUUCCUCCGCCGAUGCGAUAUCAACCAUUUGGAAACACUCUUACAAAGGCGGCGAGUGGAGACCAUGCCUUAACAAGUCUUCUGGAGCCUUACCUGAAUCAAAUGGUUAUAUAUAUGUUGAAGCAAAUGGCGGCCUGAAUCAGCAGAGGUCAUCGAUAUGUAAUGCAGUCGCUGUUGCAGGCUUUCUUAAUGCAACCCUUGUAAUUCCUAAUUUUCAUUAUCACAGCAUUUGGAGAGAUCCCAGCAAAUUUGGGGACAUUUAUGAUGAAGACUAUUUCAUUAGUUCCUUGGAGAAUGUUGUAAAGAUUGUUGAUAAGAUCCCGGAGUAUAUGAUGGAAAGAUUUGGCAGCAAUAUGACCAAUGUGUACAAUUUCAGAGUUAAAGCAUGGUCGCCAAUUCGUUAUUACAGGGAUGUUGUCCUCCCAAAGCUACUUGAAGAAAAGGUUAUAAGGAUUUCUCCUUUUGCAAAUCGGCUGUCAUUUGAUGCACCGCCCUCUGUUCAACGGCUUAGAUGCUUGGCAAAUUAUGAGGCGUUGAGAUUUUCAAACCUUAUACGUACUUUGGGGGAGUCAUUGGUGGCAAAAAUGAAGGAGCGGAGUGCAAAGUAUGGUGGAAAAUAUGUAUCUGUUCAUCUUCGUUUUGAGGAGGAUAUGGUUGCUUUCUCUUGCUGUAUAUUUGAUGGUGGAGAGCAAGAAAAGAUAGACAUGAACGCUGCCAGGGAAAAGGGUUGGCGCGGGAAAUUCACCAAACCUGGUCGAGUCAUACGUCCGGGAACGAUUAGGUUAAAUGGGAAAUGCCCUCUCACUCCUCUAGAGGUUGGGUUGAUGCUUAGGGGAAUGGGCUUCGAUAAAAACACGUCAAUUUAUUUGGCAUCUGGGAAGAUUUACAAUUCUGAGAAAACAAUGGCGCCGCUACUAGAAAUGUUCCCCAAUCUGCAAACGAAAGAGACACUCCUAUCCGAAGAGGAACUUGCACCAUUUAAGAAUUACUCUUCCAGGAUGGCUGCUAUAGACUACACAGUUUGUCUUCAUAGCGAGGUUUUUGUGACAACUCAAGGUGGAAAUUUUCCUCAGAUUCUUAUGGGUCAUAGGAGGUAUUUGUAUGGUGGGCAUUCUAAGACCAUAAGGCCAGACAAACGGAAGUUGGCAUUGAUAUUUGACAAUCCUAAUAUCGGGUGGAAAAACUUUAAGCGCCAAAUGCUGAGCAUGCGAUCUCAUAGUGAUUUCAAGGGGUUCGAGCUGAAAAGACCGAGUGAUUCCAUAUAUACAUUCCCCUGCCCUGACUGCAUGUGCCGUGCAAACAAAACUGAGACCCCAAAAUCUCCACCAGCCACUUGACUUUUACUUGGGGGAAAUAAGAGAGGUUGAUCUGUGUUCCUUCUGUAGCUACAGUUCUGUGAGCAAGCACUGCUGGUCUCUAAACACACCUUCCUCAGUUGUAUUCUUUCAUUCUUUGGGCCGAUGCCGGAGAUUGUGAUGAUGAUUUUGCUGGCGGGCACUAUUGAAGACAAAUACUUUCCUGGGACUUGGUCGGAUGCUAGUGGAACCUCUCUGCACAUGAUCAUACUGCAGAGAGGCUGAUGUUCUGCAAGGUCUUGGAGUUAGCCGAGAAUUUCUCACUGAUGUUUUUCCUUUCCUUCUUCGGUUUUGGUUCGUAGAGUUGUACAUUGCUUGGGGACUCCUAGUUAGACAGUGAGGAGAAAAGCGGUAACCCAUUGAUUUGUACAUUUUGACAGGAAUCACGAUCACAUCUUUGGUCAUACUCCCAUCAAUAGUCUAAUUGCUUUUGGAUAUGAAAGGACUAGUGGAUAAUCA